AGAUGUCAAGGAAGUUUACACCAAGAUAUUCUUUGCAGUUCUCGAGAUUGUCCUAUAUGGUACAUGAGAAAGAAAGCUCAAAAGGAUGUAGCAGACGCAACUAGCAUUUUGGAAAGAUUUAACCGCGCAUGGUGA